GGCGAACAAAGAGGAAGUGCUCGGGUCCCGGAAAGCGGGGGUAGUGGCGACCGUGGUCGCCAUGGCUACCGAGCCCGGGGCAGAGGGACCCGCAGUGCCUUCGCUCGUGGAUCGUUACUUCACUCGUUGGUACAAAGCCGAAUUACCUGUACAAACCAAAGAAAGUACCACACAGUGGGAGUAAAUGCCGACCCACCAAUCAACAGAGUCAUUCAUUCUUCUAGAUGUCAAAGGCAAACCCUGUGAGGACCACUGUAUACUGCAGCACUCCAAUCGCAUAUGUGUCAUCACAUUGGCAGAAUCUCAUCCAGUUCUUCAAAGUGGAAAAACAAUCAAAAGCAUUUCCUAUCAAAUCAGCACCAACUGUAGUAGACUUCAGAACAAGGUCUCUGGGAAAUUUAAGCGGGGGGCACAGUUUCUAACAGAGCUUGCACCUCUGUGUAAGAUUUACUGCUCAGAUGGAGAAGAAUACACCAUAUCUAGCUGUGUCAGAGGACGGUUGAUGGAAGUGAAUGAAAACAUUCUCCAUAAGCCAUCUAUUCUACAAGAGAAGCCAUCCACUGAAGGCUACAUUGCAGUUGUGCUGCCCAAAUUUGAAGAAAGUAAGAGCAUAACAGAUGGGUUACUGACACAAAAACAGUAUGAAGAAGUCGUGGUGAGGCGCAUCACUGCCACGACAGCCACAUCAUGAGGACCACAAAGGAGUAACACACAGCACGGCACGCGCACACUUCCCUGGCCUGAGCGAUCAGAGCUCUCAAGACCCAGCACGUGUGAAGCAUGCUUCACACCCAGCCAUCCGCAGACACGUCUCAUCUUAAAACUUAACCUACUUUCCUGUCUUUGUCUUGUCUAACAAGCCUCAGUUCCUGUUUGGUCCUCUGUCCUGCCCACGUACUCAAUUCUCCUUUUGCUUUUACGUAACAAUCGUCAAGCAAGGGAUGUUUUUUUUGGUUUUCUUUUUAUUGGAUUAAAAACAAACAAACAAAAGCACUUUGAGGAAAAUUUGGACAAGACACCUAUGUUUUAAGUAGCAAAGUAAAAAUAAUUUACCCGUCAUCCUGUAACCCGUUGGUGAAUACUACAUUUUGACACACUUCUGUUUGAAAUGUUAUGGCAUGAUCAUUGUUUUUGCCUCAAUUUUCCCUCAGUUUGAAGUUAAAAAAAACAAUUGGGCCUUUUUACUGUAUCUUUGUCUGACGGACGCUACCAAAAAUGCUAGUGCCGCCCCUUCAGCCCCAGCUCUUCUCCCUCUACGUUGUAGGGGAGAGGCAGAGUGUAGACUCUGCCCCUUACACCUCUGGGGUGGCCUUCCUCUCUGCAACCAAAUCGAAUGGAACACUGUGGCUUUCCUAAACGACGGAAUCAGGAAGAGGCUCUCCUAGCGGGGAAGUGCGCUGAUACAGUGUUGUAGUUGCUCAGUCUCACGCUCUAGCUACGGGGUAGCCGGCCAAGAGGUUGCUGUAACCCCAAGACACACAUGCCUUUGCAUGGAACAAAAACCUUUACAUCAUCUAAACUAAAAACAAAACUGAAUAAUGGCUUAAGAUUGUGUCUUUAUUUACACUAAAUUUCAAAUAAAAGGGCUUCUUAAAUUGUAAUUUUUUCUUCAGCACUGCAAUAUGUGUACAUUUAAAGAUCUCUGUAAAUAAAACAGAAGAUUUAAUUUAA